CGUGUGCUCCGUAUAUAAGUCAAUAUGAAGCAGUUGGAGCUGAGUUUACUGUGCCUGUGCCUCUGCCUGCUGAUCGGCCCAUUGUGGGCUGCCGACACGCCCACCUGGCAGCUGCCCACUGCGCAGGCUACGCAGCGCAUUCAGCGGAGCUGCCAAAAGAGUUCAGCGGGCCAGCGGGCCAACCAGCUGAGAUGCCUCGUGGAGCAGCUGGGCCUGUGGACCGACGAGCAGGGCUACAAUGCCAGGCGCAUAGCCAAAAUCUUUGCAGCGCACCAGCAAACCGAGGAGCUAAUGUUGGUCGUGGAGUACUGCAACGACAGAGAGCGCCGGCUGCAGCAGAAGCCCGCACAGUGGGCCUAUGCGGCCUACAAGUGCGCCACGGCUGGCACCCUGGGACAGUGGCUGAGGGAGUACAAGAGGCAAAUGCAGGCAAUCAAAUAAAGAGAAUGCAAAGUUUA